ACAAAUUGUCCAACGUGUCUUGUGGUCUUGAAGAAUUUUUUGUUUUGUUUUACAUUUAAUAUUUUUUGUCCUCGAUUGAGUAAAAUACGCGUUUGAUGUUUUUAAAGUUCAUUUUUUCUGGUUUGUGCGUAUGAUAUUAAUCAGAGUUUUAUUUUUGCUUUAAACGAUAACUGAAUUGAUGUAAAAAUGCCUGCUCAUUUCAUACAUUUGGAAAAUGCACUAAAACGUGCAAACGAAUUUAUCGAAGUACAAAAUAAACAUCGAGCGUUGGAAAUUUUAUGCGAUGUAUUACAUAGUAAAAAACAUCGUGUAUGGCAGAAAAAACACGAAGAGAUCAUGAUGAAAUAUUUGGAACUAUGUGUCGAGCUGAAACAAAGUUAUGUAGCCAAGGAAGGAUUAUUUCAAUAUAAAAUUAUUUGUCAACAAAGUUAUAUCAGUUCGUUUGAAGAUGUCAUCCGCAAAUAUAUUCAAAUGGCCGAAACGAAGACGAAUGAAGCGAAAGAACAAUCGCAGGCCAAUAUCUCGGAAAUCGAUGACCUAGAAAACGCUCAAACACCGGAAGAUAUUCUUAUGUCGGCUGUUAGCGUGGAAGGUUCCCAAGAUCGUAAAGAUCGUGUUGUUUUGAUACCGUGGGUAAAAUUUCUUUGGGAAUCGUAUCGUCAAUGUUUGGAUAUGUUGAAGAAUAACAAUAAAACUGAACGUCUUUAUCAUGAUAUUGCACAUCAGGCAUUUGUUUUCUGUAUCAAAUAUAAUCGAAAAACUGAAUUUCGCAAACUAUGCGAUAAUCUACAUAUGCAUCUGGAUCAAUUGAAACGACAGCAACAACAACAAUUAUCAGCAUCGCAACAACAGAAUGCUAUCAAUCUAAACUCACCGGAUUCACAGGCCAUGCAAUUGGAGACUCGAUUACGACAAUUGGAUAAUGCUAUUCAAUUGGAAUUAUGGCAAGAAGCAUAUAAAGCAGCUGAUGAUAUUCGAAAAUUUAAUCUAAUGAAUCUAACGAAAAAAGGAUUGGGCAAACCACAAUUGAUUGCUAGUUAUUAUCAAAAAUUAUCACUGGUAUUUUGGAAAGCAAAUUCCAAUCUUUUCCAUGCCACAGCUUUGUUUCGUCUAUUUCAUUUGUCGAAAGAAUUGCGUAAAAAUAUAACAGCUGAUGAUGUACAGAAAAUGGCAUCACGAUUAGUACUGGCCACCCUUUCGAUUCCAAUCCCACCUAUUCGUCCUGAAAUUGACAAAUUAGUCGAUACAGAAGAGAAUGUUAUUGAACAACAUCAUCGUAAUCUAUCAUCGUUGCUGGGUAUUAGCUCCAAACCACCAACACGAUUUUCAUUGGUCAAGGAUCUAAAACGUAUGGGUGUAUUACAAUUUGCAUCGCAACCUUUGCAGGAUUUAUUUCAAUUAUUGGAAAUUGAAUUCCAUCCAUUGGGUAUUUGUGGCCGUGUACAACAGAUUAUCGAUUAUAUUGAACGUUCCACUGCUGAUCCGGAAAAGUCUAUCGAAUAUCCGGAGCUGAAACAAUAUAUUGCGGCAUUGAAAGAGGUGACGGUUAUACGUUUGAUUCGUGAAAUUGCUCAAGUUUAUCGUUCAAUUGAAUUCAAACGUUUGGCUGAACUAUGUCAAUUUGUUGAUCCAAUUUAUCUAGAAAAAUUGGUCGUCGAAUCGGCUCGUCGUCAUGAUCUUCAAGUACGUAUUGAUCACCGUCGUGGUUGUUAUGUAUUCGGCACUGAACUUCGUGUUUCAACUGGCGAAGAAUAUAUUGAAGGACCAUAUCUGCAAUCUAUGCCUAAUGAACAGAUGCGUCGUCAAUUAGUUUCAAUGUAUUCAUCAUUGCAGAAAGCAAUUCAUCUUAUUGAACCGGAUGCCAUUAAACAACAACGUGAAGAUUUGAAACGACAAAUUAUGAAACAAUAUCAUAUGCGUGCUAUAGAAGAACAUCAUCGAAUUUUAAGCCGACAAAAUUUGAUUGAACAACGUCGUGAAAUGAUGGAACAGAUGGGCAUCCGACGUGAAAAUGAAGAACGUAAACGUAUGGAAGAAGAAGAAGCUAAACUUCGUGAAGCUGAAAUGCAGCGUUUGCUUGAAGAAACAAAAGAACGUGAGCGUUUGAAACGUGAAAAGGAUGAGAAAGAAAUUCGUAAACAAAUCACAAUGGAUCAAUUGAAAAAGAUGAAAGAAGUAUUGCCAGAUUUGGAAUUGGACAAUUUGGAUGAUGAUGAAUUGGCUAAAUUGCGACCACAAGAUCUGCAUCAAAAACGUGUCGAACAAUUGGAAAAAGAACGACGUGAACAAUUGGCUAAACAACGAAAAUUGGAACGUAAAGUUGAUCAUUUUGAACGUGCCAAACGUGUGGAAGAGAUUCCAUUAUUGAAACAACAAUACGAAGAAUGGCGUGUACAGGAUCAAGAAUUAUGGGCCAAAACUCAAGAAUUGAAAAUUAUCGCCAUGAAAGAGGAACGCGAAUUAGCAUUGAAAGAACGUGAACGUUUUGCUAGGGUGUUGGAUGAUAAAAAAGAAUUUGAAAAAUGUGUUCUAGAUAGCCGCCAUGAAGAAUAUGAAGAGAAGUUGUUAAAUUUCGAUCGAAUUGUUGAAGAAGAGAGGAAAAAACGUUUGGAAGCUCGUCGCCAGAAACGAAUUGAAGAACGUCGUGUUGCCUAUAUGAAAGAAAAACAAGAAAAACAUUUGGCUAAAGUGGCUGAAAUUCAAAAACGUCGUAUGGCCGAAAUUGAAGAGAAACUUCGUCAACGUUUAGCACAACCAGCUGGUGGUGAUAAUGAAAGUAAUGAGAAUCGAAUGCCGCCAUUAAGUAAGCCAGCUGUUGUUUCGGCGAAACAAUCAGAAGAUUCUACGGAUACAACCGGGCCACAAUGGCGAAUUAAUCGUCCGAUUGAGCAAACGAAAGCACCACCACCGCCGCCUCCAAGUGCUGCUGCUGGCAUUGGUGAUCGUAAUCGUGAACGUGAAUCAAUGGGCAAUAGAGGUCCACCACCUAAUCGUGCAUUUCAAAAUCGGCAACCACCACCACAAUCAGUGGCCGAUUCGGCUAAUAAUUGGCGUUCAUCUGAAAACAAAGUUAUUCAGCCGCCUCCAUUACGGGAAGGUGGUGGUCGUCCUCCUUAUGCUGGUCGAUAUUCGGACGGUCGUCAACGGCCAGAAUCACGUGAUGGUGGUGGUGGUCAAGGUGCACCUCGCCAAUAUAGUGGUAGGGAUUCGGAUUCAAGCAUUCGUCGAACUGGUGAACGUCGUGAAACACGUGGAGGAUUCUCACGUACAAUGCAGCGUCAACAACAAUCAUCAAAUCAAGAUGAUAAUAGUAGUUGGCGACCGAAACCCACAAUGGAUAUGGAACAUUCUGGAACAGCUGAUGAUGAUGGUGAAGGCGGUUGGAUGAAAGUUGAUCAUGGCCGUGGUAGAAGUGGUGGUGGUGGUGGUGAUCGACGUGUAUCCGAUAAUCGUGGUUUCCAUGAUCAUAAUCGUAAUCGUUAUGGUGGACGUGAUUCACGUGAAGGCGGCGGACGGCGUGGUGAUCAUCAUGGCGGUGAUGAACGUAUGUCAUCAAGAGCUCCACCACCAUUACCGCAACGUCGUUGAAUAUUAUGAUGAUUCAUUCAGAUCGAUCACAAACAAUCAACAGAUUUGAU